AUGGCCGCUAAGUUAUUGAGCUUGUCUACUUUUUGGCUGAAAGUUUGGCUGUGCGCGACUGAUUUGUGUUAUGCACAGUCAACCGGCCUAACAUUCCAAGAUCUGCUACCAGACGACCCUCGCCUGUACGACAAGAUGCGACCACCUAAAAAGAACGACCAGCCGACUAUAGUGUUCUUCCAUGUCACUGUUAUGGGGUUGGACUCCAUUGAUGAGAACUCCAUGACUUACGCCGCUGAUAUUUUCUUCGCACAAACAUGGAAGGACUUCAGACUGAAACUGCCUGAAAACAUGACUUCUGAAUACAGACUUCUAGAAGUGGACUGGCUGAAACACAUGUGGCGUCCGGACUCGUUUUUCAAAAACGCUAAGUCCGUGACCUUCCAGACCAUGACCAUCCCCAACCACUACGUGUGGUUGUACAAGGAUAAGACUAUACUAUACAUGGUGAAGCUAACUCUUCGGCUGUCGUGCGCCAUGAAUUUCCUCAUCUACCCACACGACACACAGGAAUGCAAACUGCAGAUGGAGAGCCUGUCGCACACUACAGACGACCUCAUAUUCCAAUGGGACCCUGAUGUCCCUCUGGUGGUGGAUGAAAACAUCGAGUUACCGCAACUGGAGAUUGUCCACAACCGCACAGCGGAUUGCACUCAAGUCUACUCUACUGGCAAUUUCACGUGUCUGGAGGUGAUCUUUAAGCUGAAGCGGCGGCUGGGGUACCACUUGUUCAACACUUACAUACCUACUUGCCUCAUCGUUAUUAUGUCGUGGGUAUCUUUCUGGAUAAAGCCCGACGCUGCGCCAGCGCGCGUGACGCUCGGCGUGACGUCACUACUCACUCUAUCAACACAGCACGCCAAGUCGCAAGCACAGCUACCGCCCGUGUCCUAUCUGAAGGCAGUGGACGCUUUCAUGUCUGUGUGCACUGUGUUCGUCUUUAUGGCGCUGAUGGAGUACUGUCUAGUGAACAUUGUGCUCGGAGAUGGUGCUGGAAAACCAAAGGAGCCAGCCGAAGCCGCUAAAGCGCGCAUGCGCGCGAUCAACAUAGACCGUUUCUCGCGCGUCUUCUUCCCUCUUCUCUUCUCAGUCCUCAACGCUACAUACUGGAUCCACUUCGCGCAAUACAUCUGACUGCCUAACUAU